AUGGGGCUUCCUCAAUCGGGGCUUGGGUGGAUCGUCAGACAUGGUGACGAGGUCGAAUCCGGGUUGGGGGGGUUUUCAACCUGCAUUUUUCGGUCGGCUUUCGGGGUCUUUUUUCUGUCUGUGCAGGUUGGACGGGAGGAGGGCUGCUGUGUCGACAUUGGGGUCGAGGUUGUGGUGGUGGUCGGAAGGCUGGGCCUCCGACGGUCUCCGUGCUGCCUUUUGGGGGCGGUGGUGUGGCUGUCGGAGGUGGGUUCAGGCGACUGGUGGGUCUUUUCCCCAUUUUCCCUCUUUGGGGUUGAUUGGGUACCGGGACUCCUGGGUUCGGCUAGUGGUGUUAGGUGGGCCUGGGUUGUUCCGGUUGGGGCUGCUAGCUCUCCGGUUCUCUUAGUUGGUGGUGGACUGACUCUUGGCAUGGUGGACGCCGAGGAGUUCGACGCCUUGUACGCGGCGGCAUUGGAAGACGGAGGUGAAGAGGACGUGCGAGAGGCAUUUUUUGAGAGAGGCGGGUUCAUCACGGCGGAUGACCGGAGGUCGGUGAUGGCGGCGCUGGGGCUGAAGUGGGUGAAGACGUCGAAGUACCGGAGUAUGAUCGUCAGGGUCGAGUUAGGUGGCGGCUCGGCGACUUCCGACAGAUGA